UCAACUGUUCCCAGCAUUCUGAUGUUUUGAUCGGAAUACAUGUAAAAAUUCCAAAAUAUUUGUUUUCAACCCAAAGAACUCCGAAUUUAUCGGCAUGAUUUUUAAGAAGUGCUGUUUCUUCCUGCCUCUGAACGUAGGUUGUACAAUCAUUGGGGCGAUCUUCAUAACUUUCCACGUUGGGGAGCUGAUAACGCAUUCGGAUGACACCAUUUUCAUCAGGCAAGUGUCCCACAAGGUGUGGGCACCCGUCAUCAUGUCUCCGAUCCUAACUAUUGGAACCCUGAGCUCUGUACUGCUGGUGUACGCUGCUUCGAAGAGGAAGCGAGGCUUCGUCCUUAUGUGGAUAAUCGUCUAUUCGAUCAUACUCUUUAUUUAUGUUAUAAUAGGCAUUGUCGAGUUGGCCACUUCCAAACCCUCUCCGAUUAUACUGGCCGUUCAGGUGGUCAUCACAGUUGGUCUGGCUUAUUCCCUGCUGAUAGCGGUGGCCUUCUACCGAUAUCUGAGCACUGUGGAUGCGGAAGAUUCAAUUUGACGAGUGGCAAAAUAAACUGUGUCCCUUUUGCACAGACUAAAAGUUGAACAAAUUUAAGUUUCUCAAGAAAGUAUUGAAAAUUAUUGUUUCAAAUUUGUAGAGCAGCUGAGGACCGAUCAUGGCUUGUCGCUGCAGAUAUCUUAAGCAGAUCUUUACU